AUGGAGUCCUGCAGCUACUACGAGCACGAUGCAGCAACAAUAAUGCCGAUACUCGUUUCCCAAUUGCCGUAUUCCACAACUCUCCUCCGACGCAUCCAACACGGCAUCGCCUACCCAUCAGCGACCGCCAAGGUCUUAGCAACCUUCCCAGCCGGCACAACCCCUGACCCUAAAAAACCGUGGCUGGCUGCGCGGGUGGAUCUCUUUCUCGGCCGCGAGACCCAGAUGCAAAUCUACUCCAGCCUUGAAGCGGAGACGUCAAUGAUCGACGCUGUCAGCCAUGCCCAAAUUAACCCAGCGACACCGGAAUCAAGUUCAAGUUCCAAUUCCAUUGUUUACACCCUCUCAGCUCCCCCUCCCGUCCUAGACCUGGCCCGCGCGCAACUAUUGGCCCUACUUUCUCACGUCAAAACCCACUUCCUGCCACCGUACCUGUCAUCUCUGUCCUCGAGCCGAGAUCCGACUUCAGCUGCGCCAGUCGAUCCGGACAAUGCAGGUUCAGACUCUCGCGUGGCUUCGGCAAUCUCUGACAAUGCCAAUAAUAACAAUGGCAUACCCCUGAUCCCCGCGCCUGACCCACAAGCCUUCCUAAUCGGAAGCCUUCAUACAGGUCUCUUCGCGCUACUACAGCGAUCGGGCAAAUACACAGCUGGUGAUUCGCUACCCAAUAUCCGGGUCCAUCGCUUCGACAAUCCACCCUACCACAAGUACUUUUUCCGAAGAUCCGAGUUUGCUCCCACGGAAGGGUCUGGCAGUCCGGCUGAUGAUGAUCUUUUUGCUGAUCUUUCCCUGCCGCCUGGUUAUCGGUUCCGAAAUCGUCGUGGUAGGGUGGGCAUUCUUGAUGUGCAUUUAGAUCUUGUGCAGAGUCGGACGCAUAUCCCCCGUUCUAAGAGGCAGCUUUCUUCUAUGCCUGGUAUGGCGCUUUAUUGCGAUGACUCUAUAGAUAAUGAGGGCGAGAGUGGGAGUGGUGAUGGGAAUGAUGAUGAGAUGCCUAUUGCGUGGGGUUUUCUUGGUGUUGAUGGAGCGUUGGCUACGCUGCAUGUUGAACCUGAGCAUCGUGGGAAGGGUCUUGCGCUUCUUUUGUCUAAGGCGAUUAUGCGUAGGGGUAUGGCUACUGAUGGGAUCUUUGGUGCUGGGACUAUUCAGUCUGGGGAUGCUGUACUUCGUGAGCGGGUUGGGGAAUGGACGCAUACCGAGGUGGCUGGGUAUAAUAUGGCCAGUCGGAGGGUUAUGGAAAAGAUUGGGGGUACAGUGUUGACGACUGUUACUUGGUCUGUUAUUGAGCUCUCUAGCUGA